GUAUGUUGUUUACAUCCUGACCGAAAAGCAUUUGUGUUAAAGCUAUAUCCACUUUUUAAGUAUUAAACAAGAGUCCGGGUUAUUUUAUAUUUAAACUGAAGAGCCGAGCUUGUGCAGCCACACUUGUUCUUGAUACCGGCCCACUGCAACUCGAUCACUAUGAAUGCCAGGGUGAAUUUGAUCGCAAUCGUUUUCGUAGCAACACUUCUGGUGACAGAAGCCAAGCUGGAGAAAGAGGGUUUGUCGGGCGAAUUUAAAUGGAACAAUACUCAAUGUACGUGGAAAGAAGGAUUCGAUAACUUAAACAGGAUUCUUAUUAUUCAUUGCAAGCAAAAAGGCAAAUUUUGCAAAUACAGAGGCAAUCCUCACGUCAAAUCUUGCGCAUGGUACAACAAAAACCAGGCAAAGUUCUACAAGUGCCUGGUGGACGAAUUGAUAAAAGACACACAAAACUUGUGUAAUCCCAACAAAGUCGUGUGCUACGAGUGCCCAAAAGUAGAAUUCGGGCGUAUCGAACCCUUGCCACAACGUCGACGUCCCGUCUCUGAGAACAGAGACUACACGCAUGACCAAGACUCGCAAGGAUCUGUUGAUGACUACUUCAUCGACAAUUACUAGACAGAUAUGGAUCGAUGCCGUUCUAGCGCCGUUAUGCUGACAACAAUUCUGAAUUUGCUAUAGACUGCUAUUAUAUGUAUUUCUAUAAAGGUACAAUCUAUAAUUCCAUUUCACAAUCGUUUAAAACGGCAAAUAAAUGAAUUUCUUUGUG